CACAGAAGAUAGAAGAUAGAGAGAAAAAUGCCGAGUUUUGUGACAGGUUUCAUGGUGCAAGACAGCACUUCCUGCUGGUUGCUCCUUAUCUUACCCAUCUUCCUCAUUGUGAUAUUUAAAUGGUAUUCCAAUUCUGCAGUCAACAAAACCUCUCUCCCUUCUCCACCAAAAUUUCCAGUGAUAGGAAAUCUCCAUCAACUAGGUUUGUACCCUCAUCGCACCUUCCAUUCUCUGGCUCAGAAGUAUGGUCCCUUGAUGCUUCUUCAUUUUGGUAAAAAACCAGUACUCGUAGUCUCUUCCGCAGAAGCUGCUCGCGAGGUGAUGAAAACCCAUGAUCUCGUAUUUUCAAGCAGGCCCAAACUUAAAAUGUUUGAUAUCCUCUUAUAUGGCAAUAAGGACAUUGCCUCAGCCCCAUAUGGAGAAUACUGGAGGCAGUUAAGAAGCAUCUGCGUGUUGCAUCUUCUGAGUAACAAAAGGGUUCGAUCCCUUCGCGGUGUGAGAGAGGAAGAAACUUCCAUAAUGAUGGAAAAGAUCAACCACGCUUGUUCUGCUAACAGAUCAGUGAACUUGAGCGAGUUAUUUUCAUCGGUUACGAACGAUGUGAUUUGCAGGGCGGCUUUGGGCAGGAAAUAUGGAGAGGGGAGUGGGAGAAAAUUUAUGGAGUUAUUAGCGAAGUUUGCAGAGCUGCUGGGUUCUGUUGUGAUGGGGGACUAUAUACCCUGGCUUGAUUGGGUUGGUCAUGUGAGUGGCUUGUACGGUAAAGCCUACGCAGUGGCUGAAGAGUUUGAUCGAUUUUUGGAGGAAGUAAUUGAGGAGCACGAUACGAAUCGUCCAAAAGAAGGCGAUGGUGAUUUUGUGGACGUUUUGCUUUCCGUUCAAAGGACUAACUCCAUGGGCUUUCCCAUCGACAGGUCUGCCAUAAAGGCUUCGAUCUUGGACAUGUUUUUUGCGGGUACAGAUACCACAUACACAGUCUUAGAUUGGACAAUGGCAGAAUUGUUAAGACAUCCAAAUGUUAUGAAAAAGUUACAAGAUGAGGCUAGAAAUGUGAAAGGAGACAAAUCACACAUAAUAACAGAGGAGGAUACAGAUCACAUGCCCUACCUAAGGGCAGUGUUGAAAGAAACACUUCGCCUGCACCCUCCAGUUCCUUUACUACCCCCUCGAGAAAGCAUGCAAGAAAUAAAACUACUUGGCCAUCACAUUGGUGCUAAGACGCAUGUAAUUGUGAAUGCUUGGGGGAUAGCAAGAGAUCCUGUGCAUUGGGACAAUCCUCAAGAAUUCAAGCCAGAGAGGUUCUUGAACAGUUCAAUAGAUUAUAAAGGACUUGAUUUUCAAUUGAUCCCAUUUGGAGCAGGAAGAAGGGGGUGUCCUGGAACACAACUUGCAAUGGCGUUGAACGAGCUUGUGAUAGCAAACGUUGUGUUCCACUUUGAUUGGUCUUUGCCAAACGGAGAACAAGGGAAGGACUUGGACAUGUCUGAAGCAGUUGGGCUUACUGUGCAUAAAAAGAUACCUCUUCUGGGAGUUGCGUUGCCGUGCAACAAGUGAAGGCCACAUGAAUCGGCCAAAUUGGGAUGCGUACGUCCUAAACGAAGAGGGCCACAAGAAACAAAUUGGCUCAUGCGUAUCGGGUCGGGUUAUGAGAUACAAACCACGAAACUCAACGGCCCACUACAGCAAAUGAGGAUAUCUACUACUUGCUUUCUGGGGGGUUCAGAAGUUAUAUGAAAAAACCUUCUGACCAUCAUAGGCUUUACGUAGGUUAGAGCCCUUCUAUUCAAAUGGGCUUGGCUCAACCUAAUACAAAACCUCGUAAUGUUAAAUUAGG